CAGCUCGGCACGUGACGCAGAGUGAGUCGCUACUGUGGCUGGACGAGAACACACCGACAUUUAGCAACAAAAACAAUCGCACUUUUCAGACUGUGGAAGCCACUCACUGAGCGAUGGCCUCACCCGUCUCUGUGUACCACUCCAGCUCUCUGGACUCUCACAUCGCUAGUACUGGCAGAAAUUCUCUACAGAUGGAAUUGUUAGCGGAUGUCUCUCUACUUCCAGGAGAGGAUCGAAUUACAGAUCAGGAGAUCAUUUACAUGUGUCCAUUCAAUGGAGCUGUUAAAGGGAAAGUGUUGAUCACCACCUACAGACUGUACUUCAAGAGCUCAGAUGCUGACGUGCCGCUGACCCUGGACGUUCCUCUGGGUGUCAUAAGUCGAGUGGAGAAGAUGGGUGGAGCGUCGAGCCGUGGAGAAAACUCAUAUGGAUUGGAUAUCACAUGCAAGGACAUGAGGAAUCUGAGGUUCGCUCUGAAGCAGGAAGGCCACAGCAGGAGAGGGAUCUUUGAGAUGAUCUUCAGAUAUGCUUUUCCUCUUUCGCAUAGUUUGCCUCUUUUUGCUUAUGUGAAUCAGGAAAAGUACACUGAGAAUGGCUGGUUCGUCUAUAAAGCUAUGGAGGAGUUUAGGCGUCAGGGCUUACCAAACAACAAAUGGCGUAUUACAUUCAUCAAUAAGAGUUAUGAUCUGUGUGACACGUACCCGACUGUCCUCGCAGUCCCUUUCAAAUGUAAAGAAGAUGACCUUAGAAGAGUGGCCUCCUUCCGGUCAAGAGGACGCAUACCGGUUCUGUCGUGGAUCCACCGGGAAAAUCAGGCAGUGAUUGUUCGCUGUAGUCAGCCCCUCGUUGGAAUGUCUGGUAAAAGAAAUAAAGACGACGAGCGAUACCUGGACCUCAUCAGAGAGGCAAACGACACCACCAAAAAACUCACCAUUUACGACGCCCGGCCCAACGUCAACGCCGUUGCAAACAAGGCCACUGGAGGGGGCUAUGAAGGGGACGAGUACCUAAAUGCUGAGCUAGUCUUCCUGGACAUCCAGAAUAUUCACGUCAUGAGGGAGUCCCUUAAGAAACUCAAAGAUAUCGUCUACCCAAACGUGGAGGAAUCCCACUGGCUGUCCAGUCUAGAGUCUACACACUGGCUAGAACAUAUUAAGCUGGUGUUGUCGGGAGCCAUCCAAGUGGCAGACAAGGUUUCCAGUGGGAAUUCAGUUCUGGUUCAUUGUAGUGACGGAUGGGACCGGACGGCACAGCUUACCUCACUGGCCAUGCUGAUGCUGGACAGCCACUAUCGCACCCUAAGAGGCUUCCAGGUCCUGAUUGAAAAGGAAUGGAUCAGCUUUGGUCACAAAUUUGCAUCGCGGAUCGGCCACGGUGACAAAAACCACGCAGACCAGGACAGAUCGCCAAUAUUUGUUCAGUUCAUUGAUUGUGUAUGGCAGAUGACCAAACAGUUUCCUACAGCCUUUGAGUUCAAUGAGCAUCUCCUGCUCACAAUCUUGGAUCAUCUCUACAGCUGCCGCUUUGGGACUUUCCUCUACAACUGUGAGAGUAUACGAGACCAGCAGGAGCUGAGAUCGAAGACGGUGUCCCUGUGGUCUCUGGUCAACAGCAAGAUGGAUAUUUAUUUGAACCCAUUCUACACUCCAGAGUCUGGACAGGUUCUCUACCCCGUGGCGAGCAUGCGCCACCUAGAGCUGUGGGUAACCUACUACAUCCGCUGGAACCCACGUAUACGACACCAGCAGCAGAGUCCAGUGGAGCAGCGCUACAAGGAGCUUUUGGCCCUCAGAGAAGAAUACUUAAAGAAACUGCAGCAGCUUCAGUUAUCCGAUUCUUCCUCUCCCUAUCUGCUGGCUAACAGCACCACGCCAAACACCACCUCGUCUACAGCCUCCACACCUUCACAGCAGUACACACACCUACAGACUCCGUUUUGAAGCUCUUCCUUCACAGACGAGAGGCAGAACCUUUUUUGGAUUGCACUGUUCAUGUCCUCUUUUAUCUGCAGUCUUCUUUCUUUUUGUUCUAACUCACACACGCACACACACACACACACUGCACAGGGAGAGGCUUGGUUUGGUUUUGGAAAACUAUCUCUUUCAUUUGUACCUAAUAGAAAAGUUGACAAAUUGGUGAAUUAUGCAAUAUCUCUCUUUAGCGUUUUACCUGAACAUUUUAAACACACAGCAAAGCUUUGAAGAAUUUCAAUGCUUGACGUUUAAGGGCUCCAGAGGACAGGAUGCACACACAGCCGCUGCAGGUCGGGUUUUCUAUAGUUUCUUAUUUAAUAUAAACCACCGUUUAACAUUAUUGAGUUCAUCAGAAGUUUGAAUAAUAUAUUAACUAAGAGAGACUAAGGUUAUUUUUAUUUUAUUUUUUUAAAAGAGGACAAGAGAACAGACAAUUUAGGAAAACGACUGUUUGGUACCGUGAGUGUUCUCAGGCCAGUUACCAACAAAGAAAACUCAAACUCAGCCCGUCCAGAAAAAUCCCUUUCACUUCCACAUGCUCUCCACUUCAGGCCGCCGAGCGCAGAAUCAGAAAUUACGACGACGUUAAGACGCCCAAUCACCUGGCAGCUGUUUGGGUCGACUGAAAGGGAACUGAUUGAUGUGCUUCAUCUGUAGGGAUGUUUGAGCUUCCAUGCGGUGAGUCAAAUGUAUUUAUGUGAGCUGCAAACACCUGGGCUGCCCACAGCUGCACAGGUGAUGAGUUAUGUUUUAGUCUGAGAAGGACUUUCUUUACCUGGCUCACCGCAGGACUGGAGGUCGUGAUUGCAGUCAAAUAUGCUUCGGAAAGUUAUUUUUUUAUUUUCAUUGAAAUUGCAAAAGAAGAGUCGUAUGUAGAUUUCUGUCAAAUUAACUGAAUAUAUCUUUUCAAUAAGAGAGUAACAUUACCAAAUGUGGAAGAAUUGUGCUAUAAAGACUUCAGGCGCUGCAUCUAUCCCUGCUCUGAUCCUGCAGUGAAAAUGCAUUAAAUCUGCUGCGUCUGCAAAUUUUUCAGUUGAAGACAGAUGAAAACUUGAUUUAUUAUGAAUUUAAAUAUCAGCUAUUCCUGUGAGGUCGUCACUAUCAGGAACUUUUUGCGAUUCUAAACAUCUGUUACCGAUGUUGAUCAGAGACGAGCCGUCAUGGAGGAACUGUGAGCCUCUUUCCUCUCUGUAAUCACUGAUAAUAAUAACAGUUGAGUGGAACUCACUGCCAUGUUGGAUUAAAGGUAAAGACGGGUGCAGGACAUUAUGUAUUUGCAGUUAAUACCUACAACCAGUAAGCCAUGAAAGUAACUAUAAGAGUUCAAAUCUGGAAGAUGAGUUUCUGAAAAACAAAUCAUUUUGACCAACAGCGGUUUUAGUAUUGUUGAAUAGAAAAAAUCAUAAUGAAACUUUAGAAUUGAAAUGAAAAAAAACAAAAACAAAGCGAAACCACACUAGGAAUAAUAAACACUACCCCACAAGUUGUAAGCUAAGCUUUAGAUUUUUUGCCAUGAGUCCAGCUGCAGUUAAUGUGCGUCCUUUGAAGAGUUGCUCCACUCCUGUAUCAGUUGAAACCAGACUGUUCAAUUGAAAGCAGAAACUGGCAAAGAGUGUUUAAAAUGACAAUAUUCAAAAAACCCGUUGUGAAUGUUAUUACAUGCAGACAACACAGAGGGAUUGAGUUUGAGGCUCCAGUCAUCAAAUUUAAAAGCUGGAUGGUGAAAUGCAGAGUUUAUGAAAACAGGUGAAGUGUUUUUAGUUAGCUGUGUUUAGGUUGACUUCCUGGAUGGUGAUAGAACUGAGGCUUGCAGAGGGACUGGAACUGUGCAUUACCCUUGGAAGAGGAAAAAGAAGAUAUGCGUUGUUGAAGCAAUAUUGCAUUCAUAUUUCUGUUUCGCAUAGAAAAAAAACUUGAGGGCUAAAGCUGGACUUUUGGACAGUUUCCAGUAAACUGCAGGUUCUAUCGAAGGUUCUAUUAGAGUAAAAUGAAUCUCGCAGGGAUGAAGUUAGAACUGUGGUUGUGGCGAGAAAACUGUUGAGUUAACUUGAUAAAUGUGUUUCUGUCAGCUACAGCAUGUUGUUUACCUCGAGGUGAAACUCCCUCACACUUCUUUCUUUCACUUCCUGUGGUGUAAGUGUGGCUGUCUAAAUAUUUCACCAACCUUGAAUUUUUUCUGGAUGUUUAAAUUGACCAGACUUCAAAUGAGUCCAGAAGGUUAAAAUUUCUCUGAUUUUAAAAACAGACCCCAGUGUUAGCCCUAGCAUUAGCAGAUUGACAUGCUAACGGUUUUUAAAAUGUGCCUGGGAUCAGGAGCCACAUCGUGCCUUGUGCCUGCCACUGUUUGAGACUGAGGGCAUGCAGAGGAAAAGAAAGAUGGUUUUGUCAUACAUUAGGAGUUGAUAUUGUGGGUACUAAACCGAUUCUUUUCAUUUAGGCUUAUGAAAGUUUUUCAAAAAUGUAAUUUUCUAAAAAUCAGCUCUUGAGUAAUAUUCAGACCAUGUCACAAAUGAUCAGUUAUGUUCUUGACUCUUGAAUUCAAAGCUCUAACGGUCUUUAAUGAUGGUCAUUACAUCAGAUUUGUUUUGAGCCCUUCUCAGACCCUGCUUUUGCAAAUAAGUCAAACGAAAAGUGCCUUGUUUUAUAAGCGCUUCCUCUUUUUAAUUUAAACCCAGCCACAUUUCCUUUUCCUCUCUCAGAACCAGAAACCCUCUUCACAGUCGCCACGAGUGUUUACACUGACCAGAUAUCUGGUGUGUGUGUGUGUGUGUGUGUGGGAUCUCUUAUUUUGACUUCCUCAGUCGACUUUUCAAUCCGCUCGUAGGUUUGUUUGUCUACUUGUGCCUUUCAGUCUUGCACACACACGUUGAACUGGCUGUCUGACUUCAUCUCCUGCUCAGAGUGCUAUAUUUUACCUUUGUCCAUCGAAAUUCUACCUCUUCACCCUACAAACGGCAGGUUCACCAGACAGGCGUACUGCUGCCACCUUCUGGAGACAUAGGGAAAAGCUCAGAGCAGCAUUAGAUCUCCUGUAUGUGUGGGUCAGUUUCAGCUCAAUUGAAAAUGAAAUGAAACUCGUCAGCUCGGUGGAAGCUACAGCAAACAUCUAUUUUGGCAGAACUGUUAGCUUUUUAGUUACAAACUAUUUUCUCGUUUAUUUAAUUUGCACUAUAACGUCGUUAGCUCAAUCAGAACCUGUUUUAUUGUCUAAAACCUAUCUCUUUAUUUACCUUUCUGUUGAGUCUUUGAGUGUUGACUCAGAAGUUGUGGAUAUGAAAUUGAACUUUGCUUUUUUGGCUGAGGGGAUCAGAAGGUGCUGAUGUUCCUGAUAAACUGUCCUCUGACUCUGACCGUAUCCGUCUUCAUCCGCCUCAGAGUGACGGCUGUGGAGGCGGAGCAACUGUAAACAUCAGAAAAAUAGUUCCAUUUGCUUUUGUUUCUAAUGUUUCUUUGUCAAGUAAUAUUCUGGGGGGUUGGAGGGGUUUCCCUGAAUUUUGUCUUCAGUGUAAAUAUUUGUUAUUAAAUUCCGAUUUUCUGAAAUCUCAA